AUGGCGGACAUUGGAGUCGACCUGGUCAUAUCCUUGGCCAAGACGGUGGUGGCGAUGGGAAUGAACAUGAAAGCCAACAAAGAGCGUUGUAAGCGCGUGGCCAAGCGCGUCCAAUCGCUGCUGCCGCUGCUUGCCAGACUGAAGGAAAUGAACCCCAGGCAGAUUUCAGAAGUGGUCGAUAAUGCUCUGAAGGAACUGUCUGCCACUCUAGUCAACGCACAGAACAUCAUGCAGAAGUUCCGCAAUUGCAACACGGUCAAGAGCUUUGUCUUCAACAACGCUCACGAGGAAAUGUUUCAGAAAAUCAACGAGAGACUGGAUGACAGCUUCCAGAUCCUGACAGGAGCAAUACACAUAGAGAAUUAUGAAAAGUUAGACGAUGUGUGGAAAGCAGUUUCUGGGAAGAAUGAACCAGCCCAUCCCACACAGCCUUUUCCGUCAGGAUUCUCCAACACAUGCGGGCCAUCACCACUGCCCACCUACCCCACCAUGCCAUAUUCCCCACAGAAUGUCCUACCCACGACAAACUCAAACCCAGCUAUCACAGUAACCAAUGCUCCAAAUCCGCCAUACCCUCCAGCCCAACAACCACCUGCCUACAACCCCAACGCUCUCAUGGUCCCGGCGAUGAACACCAAUAUCGCAUGCGCCAUGCCCCCCCGAGUGGUCACAGUACCCGCUCGCCCCGUCAUGACUGUGCACGAGGUUUAUGGGACAGUGGCCCCUCGGCCCCAGUAUAUGGUUCCCAAUACUGUUGUUUACGGUCAGGCCAUGGCCCCACAGCAGGUCAUAAUGCUGGCACCCCGGCCUCAGCCGCAGGUGAUGACUGUGUAUAUGAACAGGCCUUGGUGA